AUGGCGACCUGCGGCAAGCUGUCAACCCACCCCAAUCAUGACAUCGCCGAAGCCGACCUAAUCCAACUGGCAAUGAACCACAGCAGAUUGACCCUGGAUCCAGGACUGCUGUGGGGUCGAUCCGCGCACACCAUGGAAGCACGCUUCCUCAACGCCUCCUCCUCAUGUCCGCGCGCGCAAUCUUCGAAAUCCAUCGAUUGUGUCCAAGUGGCUAUUCGUUCACUUGGUGAUGAUUGGCCGAGCGCUGAAAUGGACGAAUCAUAUUCUAUCUUGGUAACCCCUUCGAACGUGAAGAUCACCUCCAAUGAAGUGUGGGGUGUUUUAAGGGCUUUCGAAACUUUGAGUCAACUCAUCUGGUGCUCUCCUAGUGGAAACUUGGCUUUCAUCAACCAAACCUUCAUCGAAGACUUUCCCAGCUUCCCACACAGAGGUCUCCACCUGGAUACUGCGCGACAUUACAUGUCGAAGCGAAUUAUUCUCCUCAAUUUGGUGUGUUUUUGGAGCACACCCACCAACAGUGUCCUGGUUAAUGUUUUUCUAACCGAGAAGGAUACCGCUCGGUGUUUUUUUGAACCGCCAAUCCGCGGUUGUCUUCGUUUUGACAGAACAAAGUUCGCCAAUUCUUCCUCUCACCCAUCCUUCUUCCUCUUUUUUUGUCUCCACUUCUUUGGGUCUACACCAAUCUCCAUCGUUCUCUCCCUUCGCUUCUUCUCUAUUUUCGCAACCGAGGCGAUGGCAUUUAACAAACUCAACGUCUUUCACUGGCAUCUCUCCGACGAUCAGUCUUUCCCGUUUGAGAGCAGAACCUUUCCUGAACUCUCACAGAAGGUGAGUCAACAGUUCUGGAUUUGA